UUUUGAACAAUUUUUAUGCCGGAUACUGAAUAUCUGUAUUAUUGUCAAACAUCCCAUUUUGUGAUUCGAAUUCCGAGAGGUGGCAGCAAGAUCAAGAAAAAGGACAAACCAAGGAAGAGGUGGAUGAUUUGUUCUGCUAUGUAUUUAUUUUCGAGAUCUUUGAAGACAGUUCAGGUACCACUUUGUGUGAUAAGAUAUACAACCUUAGGUUUUUCUCGUCUCUUCAAUGAAAAUAAUCCUCAAUUUCCACGAAAACCAGAAGAAAAUUUAACAUCAGUUUUUAGUCUUUUUAAGCCCAGAAAAGGAAUUGGUGUCGAUGUGUUGUCAUUCUUGCAUCAGAAAUGGGAUUUUAGCAUAUCUGGCUUUCAACGUUGGAACAAAAGACGCAAAGAAGCCUUGUUUUUACAAGAUCAGUGCUAUAUUCCAGAACGUCACAACAUUUUAGGUCCAGAUCUUGCUUCAGCUCAUUUUAUUGUACAUCGUGGAGGAUGUGUAAAGUUUGUGGGUCAGGAUAUCUGGUUGAAAAAAGAUGAAGAUGACAACUAUGACCUUCCAUCUCAAUAUAAACCAAACAUGUAUCUGGAAAAAAUAGAUGCUUCUGGGAUUCCACUAGCUUAUGAAGGAUUUGACAACCUAGUGAACUUGUUGCAUUUGAAGUCCUUGACCUUGCAUGACUCUCCACAUCUGGAUGAUUGGUGCCUAGAUCGAUUUCACCAGUUCAGGUCAUUAGAGCAUCUAGAUAUUAGUGGCUGCCAGCAAGUUACAGAAAGGGGAAUAUGCACUCUUCACAAACUAAAGAACUUGAAGAAACUUAACCUUACAGGAGUCAGUGGAGUAAAGAACCUAGAGCUGGUAUGCCUGUUACUGGAAGAUGUUUUACCUGAACUUCGAAUUGAAGGGGUAAACUAUAUGGAUACUAGUAUUCUGGGACAAGCCAGUCCAGAGAAAUGAUUUGCCAUGUUUUUAAACAAAAUAUGAUAUACUGAAGUUGAAAGAUAGUUUUUCGAAGUUGUGUAUCAGGUUGCUUUAGAUACUGAUUUAUAAAAAUGUAUUGUUUAAAUUAAAUUUGAGUAAAAACA